UUAAGCUUAAAUCUGAUAUCAAGGAAUCUUUCUUAAUUAGCUGGGGUGGCUUAAAAAGAUGGACAAGAAGAUAAUAUUACUGUCUUUCCUGUGCAUUAGUCUGCAGCUAGCAAUUGUCUCAUCUCAACUUCAAGUUGGUUUUUAUAAUACUAAAGCUAGAUGUCCACGAGCAGAAACCAUAGUUCGAGAUACGGUUCGAAGCCGGUUCUUUGCGGAUCGUUCCAUCACGGCGGCAUUGUUGCGGAUGUAUUUUCAUGACUGUUUCGUGAGGGGUUGCGAUGCUUCAAUAUUGAUAGACUCCAAAAACACAAAGAACAAACAGUCAGAAAAAAAUGCAGGAGCAAAUGGGUCAGUACGAGGAUACGAGCUGAUUGAUCAGAUAAAGAGUAAAUUAGAGGCUACAUGUGCUAUGACAGUAUCUUGUGCAGACAUCAUUGCAUUAGCCACCCGAGAUGCAGUGGCAUUAGCUGGAGGACCGAGCUACAGCAUCCCCACUGGUAGGCGCGAUGGGCUAGUGUCAGACCCAUCACAAGUGAACUUGCCGGGCCCUAGUGUAACCGUGCCACAAGCAUUUCAAUUUUUCAAAAACAAAGGCUUUACUAUAAAUGACAUGGUGACUCUUUUAGGUGGCCACACCGUCGGAAUUACACAUUGUAGUUUGUUUCAAGCCGAUAGGCUAUCAAGGGCCGAUGGCAGCAUGGAUACUAACUUGUUUAACCGUCUUAGAAAGACAUGUUCUUCUAGAGGUGACCCAUCUGUAUUCUUGGACCAAAACACUUCAUUUGUUGUCGAUAACUCCUUCUACAAACAGCUAAGGUUGAAGAAAGGAAUAUUGAAAGUUGAUCAGUUACUUGCAUCUGACAAAUCAACCGCUGGGAUUGUGGCGAAUUUUGCCUCUAAUCCAAGAGCCUUCCAACAAGCUUUUGCAAAGGCAUUGAUCAAGUUAGGUAACACUCAAGUUCUAAUGGGGAAAUCAGGAGAAAUCAGAAGAAAUUGUAGAGCCUUUAAUCCUCCUCAACUUAAGAGCCCUCCUCCUCCCCCCAAAAUCUUAAAGAGUCCUCCCCCUCCUCCUCCUAAGAUCUUAAAGAGUCCUCCUCCCCCACCACCCAAAGUCUCCAUUCCUCCUCCUCCACCACCCAAAGUUUCCGUUCCUCCUCCUCCUCCACCCAAAGUUUCCUUUCUUCCUCCCCCACCACCUAAGGUUUCAGUUCCUCCACCAUCACCACUACCUAAAUUCUUGACUCCUCCUCCUCCUCCUCCUUCAGUUGUUAAUAGUUCACCGCUACUUGUGACUGCUCCAGCAGCUUAACAUGGCUCUCCUACCACCCAAGCUUUAUUCAAACUGUCUCCUAACACUGUUGUCAACCUUCAGUGUAUUUCCUUAAAUUUGUGCAUGUACGUCCUUCCUUGAUUUAUUUGUUGUUGAAUUUAUAAUUAAUAUUUUUAUUUGUAAUUCCUCUUAUUAGAGGAAAAAAGAAUCAAAUGCUUUCGUUUUGUUAUUGUAGGACUGGUCCUACGAUUUGUUUAUUUAACUAGUGAAUUUACUCGUGCUUCUCAUGGUUGUUGAAAAAAUUCGUUUUUGAUGAUUUCUUAAGGAAUAUAAGAUUUUCAUGA